AUGCCACAUGUCUCUACCGCUCCGUCCUUGCCGCCUGUACAUCUCGAUUCAGGCAGCCAAGACCGGCGAUCUGUUGUGUUAGGCCUGGAAAAGCCUAUUCGCAGGAGACAUAGUCCGUCGUCUCGUUUGAGUCAACCUGUUCUCCUCGUGGUAUUAGCCACCCUGUUUAUUACUGCCAUUCGACUCCAUUCAUGCCUUUCGACUCUUCCCAAAGGUAUUUGUGAGCCAAGAACUCAGUCACUCCAGGGCGCUUACGGUGAUUUC